AAUGCUUUGCUUUAAAAUCCCAAGUCUCCUUCUUUUUCACAUCAGGUCAAACCUCUGGAUUAAAGUCACUUGAAAUCUUGUAUAAAAUUUGAUUCAAAAUGUUUGACGGCACCAAAGGGUGUUCUUCCAUCGACUACGCGGGCUCACUCGUAACGGUCUGCGGAACCGACAGUUAUCAAUCCAUCUGCAUCGACGACAACAACGGAAAAAUCAAAUGCAAUAUGACUAUGGGAAGCACAUUCUCCAUUGAUGGUGAUCUUCCUCAUUUUUUCUUAUCCUACGGUACCAUUGCGUGGCUCAGCAACGUCAUCGGAUUCUACACUUGGUUCUGCAUCAUGUCCGGCAAUGCUCCCAUCAAUCCAAACCGGAAGCUCAAGCACAAGACACUUGUAUGUCUUGGAGGAUUCACGUAUGCCGUUUUAUUGGUGGCUGUUGCGGCUAUCAAAGUCCCUAAGAUGAAAGACCGAAACCUCAGGCUCAUUGCGAUCGGACACGUCGUGGCUACUGUCAUCAUACAGGGGGCCGUUCUUUGUAUUAUGCAGAGCAACGCCAUGGACGACAGGGAGAAGAACACGAAGAACGGCGAAGAUCAGAUCGUUGAAGGGAAUCCCGGCACAACUAUAGCAACCGAUGCUCAGGACAAGGCUUCCGCUCGUCCCUCCACAGAGUCCGUACGGUCGAACGCCUCAACGAGUACAGCUGUAUCAACAUCAGAAAAGACAGGGUUCUUGGAUCGUUUCACCAGCAGAAUCCCUGGAGCGCAGAAAACCGAAGAAGUUUCCGCAACUGAACAUACCGGUGCAGAAACUCCAAAGAAGGAGGCAACAGUAGCACAGGGACUUGCCAGUAUGUUCAUGGGUCUAGCAGUCUUAUCCCCCGGCCACCAGAUAAUAUUGUGGGGCGUCAUACGCCUUGCGAAGUGCAUCUUCGUAGACCGAGGAAACAAUGACACAAGGCAACAGCGCGAAACGAGAGACAGCCUCAUUCUUUUCGGCGUUGUCUAUGGGUUGAUCCUCGUCAUCAACAUCGCCGGCAUCCUCAACUAUUUCUCUCAUAGUGCUGCGAAGUCUCGGGACGAAGAGAGCGUCAACAGCGAGGAAAGAGAAAAGAGGCGCGCCGCAGAGGCAAAGAAAGUGAGGGAAACAGCAUUUUUUGCUGUUGGAGUACUGGCUGGGCUUGUUACUGACUGGAGUCGAUAUUUUGUGCUUGCUGCGGCAGCGAAGGAUACCCACGGGCUUGCGCAUCUUGGACAUGUCUCCAAUUUCAGCCUGGUGACUUUGAUUCUGUCUAAGUUGUUCGUACUGGCCUGUUAGUAGUGUCACGUUAAUUAGCUUGAAAUAGAGAUACUGCGAGAACACGAGACAGCAAGGGUGAAAAUUGAGCCGGUAUUGCUACGAAGACUGGAUGGCCACGUGUCUAAUAACUUAUCCUACCUCAAAGCGGCGAAACUAGAGGAAUUGGGUGAAUUGUGGCAGGAAUCCAUGUUCCUAAUUUUAUCAAGUCGAUGAAAAUUGUCUCAGAAGACUCGAAUUAAUGAUACAGCGUUUAUCAGAUAGUG